GGCUAGAACUGAAAGUAUACAUGUUAGUUUUGAUGUGAAGAAUGUCUUCCAGUACUACCAGUGAUGUUAGUGAACUGUCUCAGUUCAAUUCUCACAGAAACGUUGAAAAUGACUUGCCUAGUAACACUAACUCGUGGUCCAUUGAUUUGAUAGAUAAAUUUGGUAUAAGAAAAGUGCCUUCAAGCCUGUUUGAGCUAAUUCACGAAUGGUCGUUAUGAAAUAUUACCGACGAUGAAGUAUUUAGAAUUAAUGAAAUUGUUAAAAUAUGUAGUUUACCAUGUAUGGAUUUCAAUUCAUUAGAAGAGAUUCCUUUUGAUAAUACUAAGCCUUAUAAACAAUGGCUUCAGGAGUGGUUUCCAAGAAGAAAAGUCCUGGAGCUAAAAUUGUUCAGUGAAAACUCUGAGGAAUUUGGAUAUUUUUUGUUUGACGCCUUACAGCAAAUACAUGGGCCAAAGCAAAAAGAGAGGCAGAAACCUUGUGAAAUUGAACAUCAACUUCUUUUUGAGAAAUUUCUUAAAUUAUUCGAGUUUAAAAUCAAGUAAAAAGAAAAUGUUCCUUUGAUCAAAUGGAAUAUUCCCCAGUCACGAAAAAGUCUCGUUCUUCAUCAUCGACAUCAGCUGCUGAGGUCGAGGAGGAGCGUGAACUCUGUUGCUGGUCUGCCAUCAGCUGCUGAGGUC